AAGAAUUAAAUUAAUAAUAUUAUUUUUUUUCUAAAUAGAUCUUCAUUAGAUAUAAUUAUUGACACUAUUGAAAAAAUAAUGUCAUAUCGAGACGAAAUUGAUUCAAAAGAAGAUGCAAUUGAUAAACAACAUGAUUUACCAGUUUAUCAUCGUAUUCAAUAUGUUUUAAAUGAUUUUAUUUCUCAUAUAAAUCAAUUUAAUAAUGAGAAAAAAAAAUCUUUUUAUUCAAUUACUCUGAUUUUUCUUCAAUUUGAUAAAACAUUAGCUCCUCUCGUAGGAAAAUUAUUAAUAAAAAUAGCUCAAAAUAAAGAAGAUAUUGAAGAUGGAUUAAAAAUUCUGGAAGAAAAUUUAUCGAAAAAUUAUUUUGAAAGAAUCUUAACAGAAUUAUCAAGUUUUAUUAAAAAAACAGAUUCUUGUCCGUUUAUUCAAUUCUUAAAUGUUGAUGAAAAACUUAAUUUAGUUGAAUGGUUUAUUAAAGAAAAAAAUCGAUCAUUAUUAUUUCUUGAUUUACUUAUAAACGAUAUAUUUAAACAAUCAGGUGUUAAUCGAGAACAAUGUCAAAAUCUUCUCCGAUAUUUACGACAAUCGAAAAAUUUAUUUAUAAAAGAACAAACAAUGACUUAUUGUAUAUCUUGGGAAGAUGCAGAAAUCAACAAUGAUGAUCAAAUGAGCGUUUCUGAUCAAUCGUCUGAUUCUGAUAUGUCUUAA